AUGACGGGGUCUUUCCUUGAAUAUGUCUUCCGAAAAUGUCAAGGUGAUAACGUACGCGAAUCUCUAGAGCCGCGCUGGCACUUGAAGAUCACAUUUGACGACACCACCUCGAUGAUGGCGCCAUACGAGAAGCGUGCGAAACUAACCAUGGAUUCUGUCGGAAACAACGUCAAGGCCAUUGCCCUUUGCUUCAUGAUGUUGAUUUUGCAAUAG